AUGCCCGCCAUCUACAGUAUCGUGAAGCUGGUUCCUCAGCCCGAUAGAUUCGACCAGGUCGUCGAAGCCUUCAAGACUCUGGUCCAGUACAUCGAGACUCAGGAGUCAGGCACCCAGAUCUACUUUGCCGUGCAGCCUAGCGGAUCGAAGGAGCUGGUUUUUGUUGAGAAAUAUAAGGAUGAAGAGAGCCUGAAGGCUCACGCUUCGUCGCCUGCGUUCAAACAAUUCUCUAAGGCGAUUGGAGGUGCUUUGGCACAGAAACCGGAGAUCAAGCCUGCCGGGCUGAUUGGUGGAUUCGAGGGACGGACGAAAUUGUAG